AUGGGCAUGGGGCCAGGUCCGGGCUCGUGGCCCCUUUGCUUCAACAAGUAUACGAAGCGAUGGGUUACAAUUCCGACUCCGGAAGACGAGAGAUUCGAAUUCCAGUACUACGCCACUCCAGAGACGACUCCAAACCAGCCUCUAGACCUUCUUAUCGACGACUUGGGGAUGGUACACUCGAUUUCUGAAAGCUUACCGUAUGUUGUCUUGACUGGUGGAGUUAUAGAAGUCUCCGAGCCUGUUGAGGCUGGGGACAUGGAUCACGCGCCCUCAGCAAGAGAUGUCAUACUGGACAUGGGACUUGAGAAUGAAUAUACUAUAUCUAAUUAA